GUGGACGCAUUGCUGCAGCAUGCGUAGGCGUUGUGCCGGCGUGGCCAGUGACGUGGCUAUGGCCGUGCCCUUUUCUUUCACAGUUUCCGUGACGCGGGAGACUUGCGCCUUCCAGUCUAGUGAGAAGGUCUUCCAGCGUUGUGGUCAGGGCCGCCAAGUCGUCAGCGUACGCGGCGGCGCUGCAGUGGUACCGUGCAUUGUCCUCCGGGCUGAGGCAUCCGUAGCGGUAGCCCCGCCCACCUGCGUGGAGCCACCGCACAAGCGGUUCCAUGAACAAGAUAAACAGUACCGGUGACAGGGUGUCACCUUGCACCGUGCCACGUUCUAUUGGGAUGGCGGAUGUGCAUCCAUGUUCAGUACGAAUGCGGGUGGUGGCGUGCGCGUAUAGGUUGCGGACUGCGCGUAUCAGGUCGUCAGGCAGGCCCAGAUCGAACAUAAUCUGGAGUAGCCUGUCCUGAUCGAUUGUGUUAAACGCAGAGCUGUAGUCAACAUUCACUGCGUAUACGUCUUUCCCAUACAGGGCAGCGUCCUCCAGUACAUGCACAAGGUUCAGUAUCUGCCGUUCCGUGUUGCAGUAGGCCCGGAAGCCCUCCUGUGAUUCGCUGAACAGCUGGAGUGGGCCUGCCAGUUCACCGAUGCCCAGGGUGAGCAUAGAAGUGUACAGUUUAUAGCAAGUGUUGGCUAGAGCGAUGGGCCUCUUGUUCUUGAUGUCAAGAGCGUCCCCAGGUUUUGGGAGCAGGACCGUGUCUGAAGUGGCCCAGGACUCCGGGAUUGUGGACUUGACGUACAUGAUCUUCAGUGUGUUGUGUAGGGCUCGCUUCAUGCCGUGAGGCAAGAUGCGGAGCAGCUCGUUCGGAAUGCCGUCUGGGCCCGUGGCUUUGUUACGAGAGAGGUGGGCGAUACAGUGGUCGAAGUUGGCGGGGUCUGCCAUGCUAGAAAGCAUGGAGUGUGCUUCCGGGUGCCUGUUACGCUCAAGCGUAAAGGCGUCCGUAGCGUUAGGUAGUUCGAACGGGUACCCACGCGUUGCGCCGGGCGACAGGCGAUAUUCGCCUGUGCGGGGCCCUCGUGGGGGUGCUGACAGUUUGCGGAAGUGCCCUUCCAGGGCGGUUAGAAUGCUGGGAGGGUCGGUUACCACCUCGCCUGUUUCAGGGUUGCGGACCGCGGGGAGGCCACGUUCGGUUGCUUCUUUCUGAAAGAUGCGUUUGUGCCCUUGCGCAGGCCUGGUGGCGAGCGUGUGCUGGAGGGCAGCGGCAGCAGCUUCACGCUGCGCUUUGGCUCGGUCCGCCACCAACUGGCGGUGUUGGGCUUGGCAGUCCUUUAUCUGACCUCGUAUGGCGGCAGCCUCUCCUUCCGUUGUUGUGUCUGGCGCUGCACCGCCGGCUGUCAGGUUAGUGAGGGUUUGCUUGAGUUCCACCUCCUUGUCCCAUAAUGGUUUAAGAUGUCGGGCAGCUGACCGGGAAAGAUGGUGUUUCCCGGUGAGUGGCGGUUUUAGUGUGCACUCUUCAAGUAGGCAGGUGAGGCCGUCUUCGAGAGCCUUGCCUAACCGCUCAGCCAACUGGUUCACGUCGGUUUGUUGUACAAUUCUGUUGUGCGCCAAGUCCCAUUGCAUUGUAUUUGCCGGGUAGGUGGUUGGGUUUUUAGUGUGCUGUUUUUGUUUUAGAGCAUUGUCAAUCACCUGCACCGCGCCCUUGCUGGCAUUGUGCAGGUCUGCCGUGGCCUCGACCAUUAUGUCCUCCAAGUGGGCGGCAGCGGCGGCCAGCUGCUUCUUGGUGAUUGGAAGCGUCACGCGAGACCAGCGUGGGCUGUCUUCAGAUGUUGUUGCUGGUGGCGCUGCGGGCUGCGGUGCUUCCCAUAGGUGCAGCGCGUCAGCAGGCAGUUUUACGUGUACAGGUUUAUGGUCAAAGUUACCCGCGACUGUACUUACGUGCUCGUGUGGGCUGGGGCACGCGGUGAGCGUUGUCGUGCACAUGAGUAUGUCAUCUAUGCGGCUGCGGUGCGUUGUGACACCAUGUUGUGUUUGUUCAUAGGACCAUUCGCCCUCUGUGGUCAUGGUGCCUCGUGCGGGUAAUAAGCCAGUUUGUGCCAGAAAGCGUUGGUGUAG